AUAUUCACAUGUCCUAAUUAAAAUGACCAUAUGUCGUUCAGUCCAUCAUGUUGAACCUGUAAAGCUCCGGCUUUUGAAAGAAAGCCCCUGUCAUUGCCUUUCAGCUGUAAAUGUGAGUUGCAGUUCUACAGGCACAUUUGAUAAUUGGUGUUCUGCGGUGAGAUGAGCUUGUAUCCCCUGGGUGAGGUGUCCUUGCAGCCUCCGUGUGAGUUGUAAGUACCCUCCUCCCUCAUUAGGGCAGGGUGGUAUCAAUCAGAAUGGCUCAGACAGGGAGGAGAUGGGCUGAAAUUCUGUGCUGGAUUCUACAAAGGCUGGAACGUUGAGUCUGUAGAGACCAGGGCUGAGGCUGAAACACACACAGAGACUGCCGAGCUCAUCUGCUUCUUUCUCUCUGUUACAUAACUGACCCCCCAAUCCUGGCACCUGCCUCUCCCCCUGUCCCUCCCCCAUUCUUCUCCUUAUUCCCAUCUCAUGUGGCCAAAGUAGACUUCUCCCCCUUUCACUCUUCCUUUCUCUCUCUAUUCAUUUCCUUUCUCUCUCUCUAUUCAUUUCCCUUCACCUUCUUUCACUUCCCUUUUCUGCUACUCCUCCCUUUUUUAUUCCUCCUAAGUGGAGCAGAAGACUAACCCUGUGGAUUAUUCCCAUUAUCUAUUUUCAACAUUAGUCCUUUUUUUUUCCUCCUUUAAACAACAUUUUAUUCCUGAACUUGACAGCAGCCCCACCAUCAAACAAUGUCUUGCUGUCCAGGAAAGCAGCUGCACAGAACGUGGAAAUGAUGGCCGCACCAGAUUUACUGGAUCCCAAAUCAGCAGCACAGAACUCAAAGCCAAGAUUAUCCUUCUCUGCAAAGCCGGCCGUGGUGUCCACCAGGGACAACAGGGAGAUCACAGUUAAUGUAAUGAAAUGGAAAACAGUAUCCACGGUUUUUCUAGUAGUGGUUCUCUAUCUCAUAAUAGGCGCCACAGUGUUCAAAGCUCUGGAGCAGCCAAAUGAAAGUGCAAUGAGAACCACCAUCAUGAUUCAAAAGAAUAAUUUCAUCAUGAACCACUCGUGUGUCAACAUCACAGAACUGGAUGAACUCAUUCAGCAACUUAUGGCAGCUAUUAAUUCGGGGAUCAUACCUAUAGGAAAUACCUCCCAUCAGAACAGCCACUGGGAUUUGGGAAGCUCUUUUUUCUUCGCUGGCACCGUUAUCACUACUAUAGGUUUUGGAAAUAUUUCCCCACGCACGAAAGGUGGAAAAAUAUUCUGCAUUAUUUAUGCCUUAUUGGGAAUUCCAUUGUUUGGAUUUCUUUUGGCCGGCGUUGGAGAUCAACUAGGGACCAUCUUUGGCAAAGGAAUCGCCCGGGUAGAAGAUAUGUUUGAAAAGUGGAAUGUAAGUCAGACGAAAAUUCGCAUCAUAUCGACUGUAAUAUUCAUCCUGUUUGGGUGCAUCCUGUUUGUGGCUAUUCCAGCUGUCAUCUUCCAGCACAUAGAAGACUGGCAUACGUUGGAUGCUUUCUACUUUGUCGUUAUCACGCUUACCACUAUUGGAUUUGGGGACUAUGUCGCCGGUGGAUCAGAUAUAGAAUAUUUGGACUUUUACAAACCUGUUGUAUGGUUUUGGAUCUUAAUAGGACUUGCUUACUUUGCUGCAGUGCUCAGCAUGAUUGGCGACUGGCUUAGAGUCCUCUCCAGGAAGACAAAGGAAGAGGUUGGGGAGUUCAGAGCGCAUGCUGCUGAAUGGACCGCCAACGUAACGGCAGAAUUCAAAGAAACACGGCGUCGCUUAAGUGUGGAGAUUUACGACAAGUUCCAACGGGCAACAUCCGUUAAACGGAAGUUUUCGGCAGAACUGCCCAUGAGCUCCAAUCCAGAAAUGACUCCCUGCAGGAGAACCUUGUCAGUCAAUCACCUGACCAAUGACAAAGAGUUCUUUUCGCCUGUGACCAAAUGUGAGAGUAUUUACCUUAACGGCUUGACGCCACACUCGGCCAACGAGGAAAUUGCCAUCAUUGAGCACUUUAAGUGACAGUUGAUCCUGCUUUCUAUCUGAGAUGCUUCAAUCGCCAUCAUUACAGACUACCAGCAUUUUAAACUCUGCAUGAGCUCAGAACAUAUAGGGACAAGGAGACACUGUUAUAUAAAUACAUAAUGUAAUAUAAUGUAUAGCGGUUUCGUUAAAACAAUCAGAAAUUACUACUGAAUUCAACGUCUGAUGCCUUUAAGUGCCCAGACUGUUUUUUUUCUUUUUUAUAAUGUGCCAUAACAUAUACAAAAUAUAUUGUUAUUACUUUGGUAUGACAACAGGGGAAUAAUAGCAAAUGCUCCGGAUUUGAACUGUCAGAACAAUGGGAAGUUUAAGGACUACAUUUUUUUUUAUAAAAACUGAAUUUAUUGUGAUGCAGCCUUUACCUAAGAAACUGUUAUCAGUGCCUUAUAAAUUAAAAGACACAAAACCUCCAUCCCUGUUACAUGUUUGUCUCUUUCCAUUUUCCCUUUUCACCCAAGGAACGUAUUGCAUUACAAUUUUUUUUUUAUUGUAGGAAAUUAAUGAAAUUAAUGAAUGAAAAUAAUAACUUUAA